GCGCAGGCGUAGUGAGUCAGUACCGGUUUGUCCCGAAGGCGUAGGGCCCGUGGCUGGGUCCAACGGUAGCUGCCGGGGUCUCCUAGAAGGUUUGCGGUGUAGUGUGGCGUGGUGAGGCGAGGGCGGCCGGCAUCAUGUCGAGGCAGGCGAACCGUGGCACCGAGAGCAAGAAGAUGAGCUCGGAGCUCUUCACCCUGACCUAUGGAGCUCUGGUCACCCAGCUAUGCAAGGACUAUGAAAAUGAUGAAGAUGUGAAUAAACAGCUGGACAAAAUGGGCUAUAAUAUUGGAGUCCGACUGAUAGAAGACUUUUUGGCACGGUCAAACGUUGGGAGGUGUCAUGAUUUUCGGGAAACUGCAGAUGUCAUUGCCAAGGUGGCGUUCAAGAUGUACCUGGGCAUCACUCCGAGCAUCACUAAUUGGAGCCCAGCUGGCGACGAGUUCUCCCUCAUCUUGGAAAAUAACCCCUUGGUGGACUUUGUGGAGCUUCCUGAUAACCACUCAUCCUUAAUCUAUUCUAACCUUUUGUGUGGGGUCUUGCGAGGAGCUCUAGAGAUGGUCCAGAUGGCUGUGGAGGCCAAAUUUGUCCAGGAUACCCUGAAAGGAGACGGUGUGACAGAAAUCCGAAUGAGGUUCAUCAGGCGGAUUGAGGACAAUCUCCCAGCUGGCGAAGAGUGACUGGUGUUCCAGAACUCGAGGGUGGCCAGCAGGGGCCCCCGAGCUCCCUCCACCCGCAGAACUCAAUGACUAUCUCACGUGGAUGUUAUAUAUUCCUCUGACUUUGUUUCCAUUCUCCGUGCUGACAGAGCCCAGGGUGAUAGUCUGAUUACCCCGCAGGUGUGCGCAUUCAGGAGGGAAACCCUUUGCUUCUGUUCACCCAAGACUGGUUGGACAUAGUCCUUUCUACUAGAAAGGAAUCAAGCUGUGUAACAUUCCUGUGGACAGUGUCCCAAGCAAAGCCAAGUUCACUUAAGAGGCAAGCGUGGCACAUCUCUUCCUGGGCCUUUGGAAAGCCAGUGGCAAGUGGCUUCGGGGGGCCCUGGGAUUGUAGGGAAACGGGGAGGAGGUACCAGGAGGGGUUGGGUGGGAUUCCUAGCUGCAGAGUGACACGGUGCAGUGCUUGCCAGGAAUGGGAGCCAGUCGUGGCCCGAAACACCGACUUCUGGGAAGCCACCAGAGCUCAUUCCUCCCUGCUGCUUGGAGGGAACAUCUCCUCUUUUUACAGAGGGUCCAUCCUUUUUUCUUACAGAUUCUUCAAUAAAGACACAUUCUUGAGUGAAAUCCCA